AUCACGUUGUCGAUAUUUUGUGGGAUAGGCGAGGAAUUGGCUAAAUAUAACGGCGUUGCGGCUUGCUAAUGUGUGUAUUAGGCUUUGCUUAAGUUAUCUGCUCGUCCCAUGCUCCUGGUGGUGUUGUGUUCCGAUCGGUUGACAUGACUAUGGAAGAUCCGUUCUACGUGGUCAAAGAUGAGGUGUUCAAGGCACUAAACAAGACACGAGGCCUGUACCUGCGCUGGCAGGAGAUCUCCAAGGCCCCCGUGGCCCCCAACAGUCCCGAGGUUGAAUGGACCUCCACGGAGCUCAGGAACGCGCUGCGCAGCAUCGAGUGGGACUUGGAGGACCUUGAAGAUACAAUUAGUAUCGUCGAAAAGAACUCGUCGAAGUUCAAGAUCGACAACAAGGAGAUCAGUGACCGGCGGACGUUCAUUGAAGCCACUAAGCAGGAGGUGAAGGUAAUGAAAGGCAAGAUGAGCCUGAACAGGAACCGCGACGCGGACGGCACGGCGCGCGAGCCGCUGCUCGGCGAGGAGAGCCCCAUGCACUUCGGCAACACGUGGACCUCCACGCCCAAGUACUCAAAGUACUCGAAGCUGGCCAGCCAGACCGACAGGUUAGUCUGUGUUUUUAACACUCGGCGGGUAAUGAAAGGCGACAUGAGCCUGAACAGGAACCGCGACGCGGACGGCAAGGCGCGCGAGCCGCUGCUCGGCGAGGAGAGCCCCAUGCACUUCGGCAACACGUGGACCUCCACGCCCAAGUACUCCAAGUACUCGAAGCUGGCCAGCCAGACCGACAGCCCGAACAGAUUCGACGCAUACGACAACGAUAUAAUGUCAAUGCAAGAGAAGAUGCUAGUGAACCAGGACGACCAGCUGCAGGUGAUCAGCAACUCGGUCGGCACUCUCAAGACCGUGUCCAAGCAGAUCGGGAUAGAACUCGACGAGCAGGCCGGUAUGCUUGACGACCUAAACACGGAGCUCGAAAAUGCCGACUCCAAGUUAGACUCCACUAUUAAGAAAGUCGCGAAGGUGCUCCACAUGAAUAAUGAUCGACGUCAAUGGCUGGCAAUCGGCAUACUCCUCGGUCUAUUAGUCGUAAUCCUAAUAUUGUUUGUUAUAAUCUGAGCUCACCGCGACGCGGUUUGCCGUCCAGCACCCUGAUACGCUCUGACAUAGGGUGGUAUUCCAUUCCAAUAUCUUGGCCCAAUGUCAUUGCGUCCUACUCUCUCGCUAAGCAUAAUGUGAGACAAAAUACACAUUGGACAAUGAAAUUGGGCAGGUGGAAUACCGUCCUAAGCCAAUUCAUAUUCAAACACAGUGAAACGACGCCGUACUUGUGGUCGGGCAUGAGAAUUAUCUGUUUUCGACGAUAAUUUUUUACUGUCCUAGCAAAAAUCUAUGAAAAGUGAGGAUCUUCGGAAUCUGUUCAGUGCUAUCAGACCCAAAUUUUAUAGACCGCGAGCCAGGAACAGAUUUCCAUGACCGAUGGCCUCCCGUGCGAUAAUUCGUAUAGUGGUUAACGGCUAUAAAUGAUGAAUCCCCGUGGACAUCAGCUGCCGCUCCGUUGGUGGGUUGAGGAAUGGCAGUCACCGAAAAACUUAAAAAUAAAAUUAGUAAUCGCCUCCCGUUUGAUACUUUGUCAGAUGACAGCUUAGACGCUAUGAUAUAUGCUCCUGGUCCGCGGUCUAUUAUGAUUAUUUAAACUUUAUGUUAACAUCACAAAAAUUUAUCAUCGAAAAACAGAAAAUUCUCUUGUCCAACCGCAGUAUGGUGUCGUUCCACACUGCGCCCUCUGUACUUAGCAUUUCAUAAAGUAAUCCCACUUCUGAACUCAAUGCUCUGUUGCAUGUAAGUAUCUUGUGAAUACCGUAGCCCACAGACAAAACAUCCUCCAGACUGAGCAUAGUCGCGCUACCCCCUCUGCCACGCAUACGGUAAUUUUACUCCAUGUUCGAGUCGAGAGUGUCUUUGUCCGACGUCCGUGUCUUUGAACGGAUCAAUCACGGCACGGGACUUCACUCACCUCGUCCCGCGCACCCCCGCAUUUUUGGCAUCAUCGGUUGCAUGAAAUAAUUGCUCUAAACUCGGUCUAGAGGAUUCCUAGUCUAUGCCGUAGCCUGAAUAUGUUUUUAGUGGAGAGUAGCGUCAUUGUUGUAUUUAAAUUUACAAUGCACCGUUUAUAUUGAUAGUUAACGUUUCUUGUGUUAAGGAUUUUAUUAAAUGAUUUUAUGUCAAACAAUGAAAUUGAGUCAAUGAAAAAUCGAUUUUAAUAUUACCUAAAUAAAAUAAUAAAAAUACUAGGGUAAACAAUACUAUAAUCGGGCCCCGCCAUUGAUUGGUCCAUUCAACCUUGUUUAAAGGUAACAUUAUCAUUGGGUACUUUUCCCUAUUUGAUUAUUGAUCUGCACGAACUUGUAACGAGUUAAGCUCAAUUAGCUUUUGGUGCGGUUGAUAAGGGUUUUUCUUAUUUUUAAAUAUAUCACCUAAAAAACGAUAACAUUUUUUUAAGACCUUAGAGCAUUUAAUCACUGGAUGCGUCUUGGCUGUCAUUUUCUGUACAAAACAGUCAUUUUUGCGGCACGUCAAAUGUAUGGCUAUUUGUACACGAUUUGUACGUAACGUACAAAUAACCAUGUCAGAUAAAGGUCAAUCGAUACAAAAGUUUGCACAAUUGUGCAAGGUUUUCGGCAGAGGGGUAAGCUCUAAAAGGCGACUCCGGUUAUUAAAUGCUCUAAGCCAAAGACCAAAUGUUACGUAACCAAUAAAUAUUUGGAACUACUAUAUCAUUCGGUUCGGUUUUGUAGCCUGAGAUUAAAGCCCCAUUUAGACGGUUCAAGAACUUGCAUGCAAUAUUUGAUACAUUGCUAACUACAGACUACAAUGAAUUCAGUCGAUCGACCAAAUACCGCAAGGUAACGAAAAUCGCAUGCAAGUUCUUAACCGUCUAAAUGGGGCUUAUGGCUCGGUUGCAACAAAUCCUCUGUCACCGUUAAUGGAAAGUUUCAUAGACCUCUGCUGCGUGACCUUAAUCAGUCCGUUAACUGUGGUUGGUGUAACUGGUAAGGACCAGUUGCUUAAAUAUAAGGAUAUUUAAAAUAUAAUAGCACUAGCUACUUUCUAGGCUUCCAUUAGCCCCUAAUAGCUCUUUGAAAAGCACGCCUAUAAACUGAAAAUCGUAAUUAGAUUCCAAAAAAAGUAACACAACGUUGCCACUGCAAUAAUUUGUUUGUAAAAUAAUAAAUUCCUUUUUAUAAAUAAACACGCAAAGAUAAUUUAUUUAUCGGUAAUUAUACUCCUACGAUUUAAAAAAAGUACUUUUAUUUACAUAUUUUUACAUAAAUACAAGACGCGCUAGUAAAAAGUGGCAACAUUGUCUUAGUUUUUUUGGAAUCUAAUUACGAUUUUCUGUUUAGUGUGCGGCGCGCCAUUGUCAAGUCGUAAUGCACAAAGGUAUAUGAUGGUAAGAUAUAUGAUGUAACUGCGCGAGUCAGUUGUCGUUUUCGGCGGAUGGUGUUAAUCGUUUUCAUUUGUUUGCUGUGUGCUAUUAAAACUACAGUUCCACGUAUAAACGGUGACGAGUCUUGUAAAUUUAUGUAUAAAACGUAAAUCAGUAAUAGUAUUUUUGUAACAUUCCCUAAUAUUAUGACCCAUAUAGUUAUAGUUAACGCACCUGUAUUAAACGCGUUCUAAAUAUCACUAACAUUCUGUGAGUUAAAUAGCUGUCUAAUAGAAAGUGUACUGAAAAGAUGACUUAGGUAGAUGUCUCUUAUGCGAACAUAGGUACACAUGAGAAAUGUGUUAGUACCAUAUCGCUAUAACUUAUUGAGCGAAAUCUAUAGGUCUCUUAUACAAUAAGGUAAAGUGAAAAGGUACUGAAACGAAAAUGAAUUAUGCGUAGUUUUAUAAUGAUUGAAAAAGGAAUGUAACUAUUAAGAGUUCAAAUAGUCCAAGCAUACAUAGUUUUACGAAGAAAUGACUCAAAACUAAUUUUAAUGUGACUGUAUUAUACUUAUCUUGUUUCUAUAGUAAUCUUCUCACUUCCUACUGACGUACACAUAAUUUAUUGUAAGUCUAGCGAGAAAUACUGGCAGUGAUAUUACCACAAUAGAUAUAAAUAUUUUUUUUUUAUAUUUUCACCGUAUUCAGCUAAGUAACUUGACGUAUGGCAACCUUUUAUGUGUUCCCAGAUUGAUCGUGGUUUCGUUUGAUUUUAUUAUUUACUUAUACACCGGGGCAUUGCAAUAAAGUAAAACUAUAGAUACCUAUAAUAUGAAUAUUAAGGGAUCAUAAUUAUGUAGACAAUUGUACACAACAGUAAUUUAAAGUUUGAUACUGCACUUGUGAUUGUGUUGACAAGGAAUGUAAAUAUAUUUUUAUUUUUCAGUAUGUCUUGUUUUGUCACAACUAUGUCGUAUGCAACGUAUUGAAGUUUUUUUUGUACAAGCUUUUAUUUAGUUUCACCUGACCGUUGUCUGUAAUCAAAUCUUGCAAGUUAAAUUUGAUCCACUCCCGGUUUCCGAUUGAGCUGAAAUUUUGCAUACGUAAGUCGAGUGACAAUGCAAUAUUAUGGUGUCAUCGAGCUGAUCUGAUGAUGGAGACCAGAGGUGGCAUAGGAACUCUGUGAUAAAACAACGAAACCUAAUUGUGUUUGGGGAUUUUAGAAUUGUCUGGAUGAGUAUUAAUUGCCUGUGGAAAGAAAAGUACAGUCAGCGAUAAGUAAAAGCUUGUACCAAAAAUGAAAUUUUUACCAAAAACUUAUUUAUGUUAAGCCGGUAGACUAAUACAGCUAUUAACUACUGCUACUGACAACCUCAGACACUCUUACCCUACAUGAUAUAUUUCAAAAUUCGUUAACUUUAUCGUCUGAAGGCUCACAGUCCUACCUACAGGACUUAUUAAGUUCGAUGAAAUUUAAAUCAUUUUCAAUUGGAACAGAGUUGAUUUUGCUUUAUUCAGUUAAUUUUUCAAACAAAACAAAAUCAACUCUCCUAGCUCCAAAUUCCUCUGACAAAUUUUGAUAUUUUUCUUGUAUGGCCGGGCCUUAGGAGGAUAUAAAUUAACCUGGCGGCGUAGCACGGUCGCGUUUUUAUCCUUUGUCACCAUGCCUGUCACGUUCUAACGAGUAUGUAAGUGCGAAAGGGACGCGCAUAGUGAUAGUCGAUAAAAAUGGAACCGUGCUGCGCCCGGGACCUCUUAACAUAACUCGUUACAUUAUAAACAAAUAAUAAUACAAGUGUUUUUUCCUUAACAUACUUAUGCUAUGAAUUAUGAUGAAUGAUGAUACAAGUUAAGAAAGUUGAAACCACAUUGGCGAAUAUACUAGUACCUGUACCAUGAUUCACUGACAGUGUCAGUACUGACAUAUACGGACACUAUAGCACUGACCCUCCAUACAAACUUUAAUGUAAUGUUGGUGAGAUGGUUCCGCUAGUGACUGUACGUAUUAAUUUCCACCCUAUUUCUAUUAGCUUAUGGUUACUUUUCAAUCGCAACUUUUACUGACUUCGUUGCCCUAAGAUGUUGGUGUUUCAUGAUUCACAAAGUAGUUGUUAAGUGGUUAUUUAUUUCUCAUUCUAUACAUUCACAUGGUGGAUUAGGUGUCUAAACGUUAGAUUAACAUUUAUUCAGGAUGAUUUAGGAGACGUGAUUAGAAAUCUAUUUUUUCUAAUUGUAAUAAAAUCGGUAUGUCAAUGUAAAAUGAACUAUGUUUCUAAAUAUAAAGCUAAAUCAUGGUACCCCGGUAAAUUAUAACAAAUAUGGUUUGUCCUACAAGUCUAGAUAUGGGGUUACCAUAAUUUUGUGUAAUAUUUUUUUAACAAUAAAGAUGCACCGUAAAAUAUAUUCCAAAACCUCCCAACUAUGGUCUAAAACUGACUCGAAUGAUUUAUCUUGAUUUGGGUAUGAAUAUUAUUUUAAUUACAUAUUUAGUUCUGAGGCAAGAUUAGUUUCAUAAAUGGUGGGUAACAAUCGGCAAGUACUAAAAAUAACAUUGGUAUUGGUGCUUAAUUAAUUGUUGGACCGAAUGAUCAUACUUUAGUUUGUAGUAUAUUGGACUAUGUUUGGGUGGUUUUACGGUACCUACUAUUAUCUGAGCUAUAACAUUGGCAGCUGCUUUAUCACGUUAUACUUUCGAUUCUUCGUAACGUCGUGUUUCUAAACCCGUCUCCAGGCCCACCCUGUAUAUUGUGCCUAUAAUUUCUUAUAGGAUGCAAAUCUGAAUCAUAGGAUAUUUUAUUCGCUUCAGUGUCUAUAAGUAGUUUGGUUUUCUUGAUGUAUUGUCGUUUGUCGUUUCGAUGUUGAGAGUUAAGAAUGAGACAGACAAUAACGUCCUCCACCCUGUCGUUUAAGACGUAUUUUAUUAAGUCCAGUGUUCACUACAAGAGUAAGCAGUUGGUCUACAUCUUGAGAAUAAAUCCGUUACUGUUACCUUAUGAUAUGGUCAUACGACACUGGAUGACUGGUUCUAACACACAUGGUAGUUCUUUAAUGUUCUUGCCAUCGUCUCCCCGCACCGCCACAAUUUCAAACAAUAAAUCGUUUCGUUCACUUAGUGUCCUCUGAUUGGCUCAUUAUAUGGGGUUACCCGAAGAUGGUCUAGAACGCAAAAUGACUAGUGUGUUAACGAACCUAACCUACCUAUGUGGUGAUAUAAAAAGCGGGCAUUUUGCGUUCUAGACCGUUUGCGAUGUAGACUAAUUGCAAUUUAGGCAAAACAACACACUAGUCAUUUUGCGUUCUAGACCAUCUGCGGAUAACCCCAUUAUAGGGUUAGAACCUUUCAGUAUACCUAGUCCACGUACAAGCUAUAAAAUACUAUAAAUUGUUGAUAGACCCCGUUCGUUCUUUAAAAUUGCCUGAUUACGGAGUAAUUAAGGUAAAUCGGUAUGUCGAAGCUUUGUAGAAUGUCGACCAGUUUUUCGAUUAGUAGGACGGCUCAUGUAGUGAAUGUUGGGUUAUGGGUGCUUUCGGUUAGCUUUGGUAUGAUUUGGUUUAGGUACCAAGGUUCCAAACAUAUAUACACGUCAGUGUCUUAGAGACGAGUCAAUAUUUUGGAAAAUUGGCUUGUAAAGAUGUUUGUGAACUCGAAGGUACAAAAUGGUUUAUGAACUACAGGAACGGACAAGAGCGGUUUUUUGAUUGUGCAUAGACUAUCUGCGAUUUAGUGUCGGUAUAUUUUAGAAAGUGUAAUUUUUUAAAGAAAUAUUGUACCUACUGUAUCUGUUAUUUGAAAUCCCACUUACCGAAAGCUCCUUGGGGUAAGUUUGGGUAAGAUCGUUAAGGUUUACCAAACAAAGAUACUCUUCAGCCUUGUCAGAAAAGUACAAGAGAGACGGCUGACGAAAAAGUUGCUGAAAUUGGCUUGAGAGACGGAUUUAUCCUUAUCCAAUCUUACCUACAAAAAUGCGCAUAUUUGUCCUUGUAGGCUGUGAAUUUGCCACAAUUUAUAUUGUAAUCUUGUGGCCUAAAUUAGUUGUGUUAAUGUGACAUUGCAUAAUUAUCUGUUAAUUAUACAUAUACACUACAUUUAUUACUAGCAUGUUAUUAAUGUCAUUGCGGUCCCAAAAAUCUUAAAAUAAACCUAUUUUGUUUACGGA